AUGGCAACACCAGCGAAUCUCCCUCCGUCCGUGCAGAAGGUAGAGAAGAUGGGUGAAGAUAAGAUACAGGAUUUAGUAUUGGAUAAUGCGGACUCAACUGAAUCUAAUUUGCGAUACGCUGCCUAUCUCAGAAGAGCUCGAGAUAUCGUUCGAGCGGGAUCUAGGUAUACGGCCUACACUUCGGAUGUAGGAGAAGCGUUCAGACCAGUCGUUUCUCCGUGGGUUGUGACCGCCGCAUACGGAGUAUCUUGGGCCUACUUGAUUGGAGAUGUAUCAUUCACAACAUACAAAUCCUCCCAGUUCGGUCCAACACCUCUAGAAGCUGCCAACAUGUCUGAACCUACCCGAUUAGCGAUGGUAGCGGUGAAAAGAUCCGUUUUCCAGGGUAUAGCUUCAAUGGCUUUACCAGCUUUCACCAUUCACACAGCGGUGAAACAGGCUGGUAGACAGUUUGCUAAAUCAUCGAAUCCAACAUUGAGGAGAUGGGGUCCGACAUCAGUGGGAAUUGGGAUCGUACCGUUCUUACCUUAUUUGUUUGAUCAUCCUGUUGAGAAACUCACUGAUCUCACAUUCGAUAAAAUUGAAGAAACUUUCUUUAGCGGUAAUCCCCUUCCUGAUACACCAACUUCUACACCUGUCAAACCUGGACGACCUCGUGAAUUAUAG